CCCCAACAAUGCAGUGUCAGAAGCGGACAGAUUGCACACACGGCAACCCGAUCAUAGGGGAGCUCUUCCACAGCACUCAAUGGAGAAUCCACAGCGACCGACUCCGCAAGAGCAGGCCCCAAAUCGACACGGCCGUGCCGCUGUCCACCGUCUACUCCCGCGGGCUGCCCAAGGACUACCCCUACCAGCAGAACAAGAAGAAGGAGGCAGCCUACCAGAACUACAAGAUGCUGCAGAGCAUCGCCAAAACCAUGACAAGGGUGCCGCAGCUGCCUGAGCGGAUCAAGGGGUGCCCGCCCAGCCUCAACAGACACGCACGGCAGAAGGAGCUGUUCCGCAUCAUGGGCGAGAACCAGGUGAACAAACCAAGCCAGAGUGGAUGAGUCAUGCAGCCUUCUGCUGUGUGACUACUUGCAGAGGUUGUUGCACCGGUUGGAGACGUGCAAGUCGGUCUAUUCCGUGCAGAAGCUCAAGGAGGAGCGCAAGGUGCAGCUCAAGUAUAGAUUCAACUGCAGCUAUGCGUGCAGGAGACAAAAGAUGGGCAGUGGCGCUUGUGGUACGCUGCCACCUCUCGACGCCAGCAAGCGCUUCCGCGGCUUCCAUUCCUCUCGAGCUAAAGCCCAGUCCUCUCCAUCACAGUCCCAUGCCUAUCCGGGAUCAGCUGUGCAUUCGCCGGGCUCCAAAAGCUGUCCUGUCCUCCCCCCUAUCGAAGCGCAAGACUCGUCUGCAGAGCCGCCGCCCCCUGCUGCUGCAGCUGCUACCGAGAGUGACUUCCCCCCGCCCCCAGAGGAGAUCGACGGCGAAGACGGCGGCCUGCCUGAUCCCUACGGGCCUGACUUCGUCACGCCAUCGAAUGAGUCUCCGGUGCCCUCCUCUGCGUCACUCACCGGCCGUGGCCGCUCAUCGCGCGUGUCUCGAGGGUCCAAGAGCAGCAAUGGCAGGCCGCCAACCAGCAGUGUGGCUGGAGGGGGGAAAGGAGAGAGGGGUCUUGCCAAGGACAGUGCUGGUGGUGGCGAGAGGGAAAGCGACGACGCUGAGGCUGUGCUUGCGGCCAUGCCACCGCCUCCCGACAGACCGCCGGGCCGGAGAGGCGGCCCCUCACAUUUGAGGGUGGAGACGGGCGAUGAGGGCCGGGGGCCGGUGCCGCUGAGAGCGACAGAGGAGGGUGCCCGGCUGGCACCGCAGAAGCAGAGGAAAGCCGGUGAGAAGAAGGCCAAACAGAGGGUGAAGGAGGAGCACUGGAAGGACAAGCAGCUGGCGGCUCUGCUGAACGAGCUGGACGGUGCCAACCCGUACUAUGAGGAGGUGUCUGUGGGUGAAGGUGAGUCGAGGGCGCAGGGGGUUCUGCAGAGGGCGCAGCUGGAGAAAGAGCAUGAGCGGUCCCGGCUGAUGCAGUCUCAGGACAGGCCACACAUGGCUGGCAAGAGGAUGCCCAGACGGUGAGUGAUUGUUGGACUGAUGGUCGGGCGGGUAUAUGGAAGUGCGGAUGUCUCGAUUCGUUUUCUUUCUUUCGGUGGCCAUGUGGUGUCUGUUCUGACGUACUACUAUUAUAUGGCUGGUUGAAAUCGCACCCUCCGAUUGUACUGUCCCAUCCGUCCAUCAUGAGACAUGACUCACGGGGGUGCGUGCAGCACCGCAGCAAAAAUAUUACUAAAUGCACACAGCAUCCAC